AUGAAGUGGAUUUACACCUUUAUCGCUGCUGUUUCAGCAACAGUUACCUUCCACCCAGAGAAUGUUGAAUAUUCGCUAAGUGCCAAAGAACUUGACCCUGCAUCUCUAGGUAUCGAUACAGUAAACCAAUGGUCCGGGUAUCUUGAUUAUCAGGACAAGAAACACUCAUUCUAUUGGUUCUUCGAAUCUAGGAACGAUCCAGCUAAUGAUCCUGUGAUUCUAUAUUUGAACGGUGGGCCCGGGUGUUCUUCAAUGGACAAUUUGUUCUUCGAAACGGGGCCUGCUUCAAUUGGGCCUGAUUUAAAACCAAUCCAUAACCCAUAUUCAUGGAAUAAUAACGCUUCCAUUAUAUUCCUAGAUCAGCCUGUAAACGUCGGAUUUUCGUACAGCGAAGAAAGAGUUAAAACUACAAAUGACGCUGCUAGAGACGUUUACAACUUCUUGGAUCUAUUCUUUACCAAAUUUCCCAACUUAACCGCAAACGCUUUCCACAUAGCUGGAGAAUCAUAUGCUGGUCAUUACAUUCCUAGAAUUGCCCAUGAAAUUGUCAGUGUUCAUAAGGAUGAUACGAAGUUCAAUCUUUCAUCAAUUGUGAUAGGUAACGGGCUUACAGAUCCAUUGGUACAGAAUCAAUACUUUAAACCGAUGGCUUGUGGUGAAGGUGGAUAUCCAGCUAUAUUAAAUCCCAGUAAGUGCCGUACAAUGUCGGUAAGUAAUUUGGCUUGUAAAGGUUUAACCAGUCUUUGCUCUAAAACCAAAUUAACCCUGGCGUGCGUAUCUGCUUCUACAUUUUGCUGGAAAUCAUUGAUUCAACCUGCUUUCGAUUCUGCUGUGAAUCCAUGCGAUAUAAGAGGUCCCUGUGAAGAUCCAGAGUCGGGGCUCUGUUGGAAGACCUUAGGAUAUAUCCGCUCUUACUUGAACCAAGAAUUUGUGCAAGACGCUCUAGGUACGAAAGUGAGCUCGUAUAACGGAUGUAAUACUUCAGUUGGGAGCGACUUCUUCCUGACGGGUGAUAAUAGCAGGCCAUUCCAGCAAUAUGUGACCGAACUGCUUGAUUUGAACAUUCCUGUCUUGAUAUAUGCCGGCGAUACAGACUACAUAUGUAAUUGGUUGGGUAAUAUGGCGUGGACCGAUGCUCUCACAUGGAAGGACCAUAUAAGCUAUGAAACGUUACCCUUAAACCCAUGGUAUAGUUUGAACGGAUCCGUCCAGUUUGGUGAGGUCAAAAACCACGGACCCUUUACUUUCCUCAGAGUAUUCGAAGCAGGUCAUACGGUUCCAUAUUAUCAACCACUAGCUACUAUGGAAAUGAUCAACAGAUGGAUCUCGGGGGACCUUUCUUUAGGCUACUCUAACUAA